AUGGAAUCUCUUCAGACCCAUCCUCAGAAUGCAGCGCAGGCCAAGGCGUUCACUGCCCCCGGCUCUCUGUCCUUCCCGACCGCUGCUACUGAGCUUACACCUCCUUUCGACAGUCAGCGCAAUGGAAACGGCGCACAAGCUGGCCAGGCUACGAAUGGGACUGGGGUGACUCCCGCCACACCUGCCGCCACACCUGCAGCAACACAGGCUGGAAGUGGAUUGACUCCUACCUUGCAAAACAUCGUCGCCACGGUCAACUUAGAUUGCCGUCUGGAUCUGAAGACGAUCGCCCUGCAUGCGAGAAAUGCUGAGUACAACCCUAAGCGUUUUGCUGCUGUCAUCAUGCGUAUUCGCGAACCUAAGACUACAGCCCUUAUCUUUGCCUCUGGCAAGAUGGUUGUCACUGGUGCCAAGUCGGAAGAUGAUUCGAAACUUGCGUCUCGCAAGUAUGCCCGUAUCAUUCAGAAGCUGGGGUUCAACGCGAAGUUCACAGACUUCAAGAUCCAGAACAUUGUUGGCAGUUGUGACAUCAAAUUCCCGAUCCGUCUCGAAGGUCUUGCCUCCCGCCACCACAACUUCAGCUCUUAUGAGCCUGAGCUGUUCCCCGGUCUGAUUUACCGUAUGAUCAAGCCUAAGAUUGUGCUUUUGAUCUUCGUCAGUGGCAAAAUCGUCUUGACUGGCGCUAAAGUGCGCGAGGAGAUAUACCAAGCCUUCGAGAUGAUCUAUCCUGUUCUGCAAGAUUUCAGAAAGAUCUAAAUCCGAGGAGAACGCUGCAGCGGACGCUUAUGCACUCUAAACUUGUGCUCCCCCCUGCUGGAGAUGAUUCAUCCCUACAUAUACCACACACUUGUACGAGUAUCACACUCUUCACGACAUCAUGACUGGUUGUGACUGAGCAUGCAUGUUCACGGAUCUCCCAAUGACCACAUCAUGCUCACAGUCACUUGUAACAUUGAUUUCACCCAUACUGCAUUGCAUCGGCGUUCAUACAGGCGUGGAUUUUACACAUGAGGGGCCAGGUUGAAUUCUUUCUUCACAGAAAACGUCUCUAGACCUGGUCAGACGAAUAACAUAGAUUGCAUCAUUGCAUUCUUCGACAGCACUUGCGCUGCUCGAGCUCUGCUGUCUUAAUUCACUCGAGAAAGAAAAGGGGUUGGUGGCGAAAUUAUCGGUCAACCGAAGAGGUGUGGGAGGUUGUUGUGCUGCAAGAAUCCGAA